AUGAAAUUCUUGACGGUAUUCGCUUUCGCCUGUGUGGCGACGUUUGUUGUGCUUCACAGCGCCUACGGCUCUCCACUGCCCGAGCCAGUUCCUGCUCCUAGUCCAGUGGCUGACCCUAACCCGAAGGCGGAGCCCGUGGCCGAUCCUGAACCCGUAGCCGACCCGGCUGCAAAUCCCAAUCCGGCUGCUGAAGCAAAUCCGAAUCCUUUGCCAGCAGCCUCACCGCUGGAAUCAAAGGGACCUCAGGCCGCCGGAGGUGAUGCCAACUUCGUGGCCCUUUCCGCUAACGCGGAACCCUUGGUUCCGGUCCCAGGAGCUGAACCCCAAAAACUGGACGAAGUUCAAGCCGACCCCCUGGCGGGUUAGGCGGAGGAUGUCCCAUCCUCAAGGAGCAGCAGCAGCAGCAGCAGCUUAACCUUACCGGGGCCUGCGCACCCACACACAAGGGAGACACACACACAUAUAUGUUAAUCUCCGGUACUUAGUAUAUGUAUGCAUUUAUCUAUUCCAAGUUCUUGCAUGGGCAUUAAUAAAAUUGCAAAGAAA